AUGCCUUCUAUUAUUGACGCGAAGUCUUUUAUAGAGGCACCCUCAAGGCAUGGCCGUGCCUCUCCGCUCGAUGCUGAUCCUUGGGAAGAUCUACCGACUAUGAAGGUGGCCGUCGGAGCUGCACAACUGGUGUUACAAAAGUGCGGGGAGAGCAGUAUGUUCUUGAACAUGCACUACUCAACGAGCGUUACUUCCCGCAAGAUUGCAAUCAGGACAUCUCCCUUUUUAAACGAAAAGCGUGUCAGCCGAGGGGCUUUAGCUGGAGACCAAGGAAUCCCUAGUCAUGUCAAGCCCGCUGUUUCUGUUAUAUUACUUGUCUCUUCCGCGUGCGCUAAAGCAGCCUCAGAGAUUAGGAAGCAGAUUUAUGAGAGGUUCUAUUGUAAGGAGGCCCAGCAUCCAAUCACUGAUCCCGGAGAUGACUUCAAUGUCGUCCUCAUAAUCACAAGAAAACAUCUAGAAGCCAUGUUUAACAAGCACACAGGCUCGUUUGUGCGCACGUACUAUUACGAUAAACUUACAGAACUGCGCCGUGGUACGCGGCUCAUGUGCUUAAUGGACAUUAGAUUGCAGAAAGACCCUGUUGAGGGUAAAGUAAUGACAACGCUGAUGCAAGCUUUCACUGCUCCGCCAUAUGUUUUGGACAUUAACUGCAAGGAUUUUACUUUUAAGGUCAUCGCGGGCUGCUUGGGCCAUGAUCUAUGGCUCUACCCGUGGAGAGAGGCCUCUCUCAAUUCUACCGAAAUUUCCUUGAUGAACUCCCAUGCACGAACAGAGUACUUGCACAUCCGUGACUUCAUCACAACCUAUGACGCCCGAAAGGCACGGACAGCAGCUGUGGACUCAGAUGGUAACUGCUAUCUCUUAGAAAGUAGGAAAGUCCUUCCAUCUGAGUUUUCCAUAACCAUGCUGCAUUUGAGUGGCGGGAAAGUGGAGAAUUGUUUCGUUGGAUCCACAAAAGAGCCACCCGAUAUGAUAGCAAAGCGCAUUUUCCUAGUUGGGAAAGUCCUUAGACUGGCAUGUCCUGAUCUUACGGUCUCUGCUUUUACUGUAGGGGGGAUUUCUGCUCCACAAGUGCCUCUCUCGCAAGAGGGGCUGGGGUCAUUGAGAACCUCCACUUUAGAGCUACCUAAAUUGGAUGGGCGGACGCACCCUAUGAGUUCUAGAGAUACCAAGCACAACAAAAGAAGUAAAGUGAAACUUUGA